AUGCGGUUUCAGUCCCAUCUCGUUGUAUGCCUGGUAGUUGGCACUGCUUCGAUCUUCGGAGCCUCUGCGGUUGCUGUCCGUCGAGACAGCAUGCCCCCUGCCCCCGGAGAGGAUCUCAUGACAAUACUCUCUCACGGUGUCAACGACGUCUCUCUCGGGGACCCAAGUCUCUCCAGUACACUUGCGUCCAUCGUGUCAAACCUGACCGCCAUCGACCCCUCGACAUCGUCGAAGGACAUAACACUGCAAACGACACAACACAAGCUUGACGCCAUCUUUGCCAAGGGUCCGUGGGAUAUCAUCACCGCGGCCAAUGCCAUCACGGCAGCAGGACUCAUACCCGCCGACAUCCUCUCACUGCUGAAUGGAUAUCUGAAUUCGAGUCUCAACUCGGCCCACAACGAGAACCCAGCGCCACCCAAUCUCAAUAUAUACCCGAGGAAAGCGGCCGGGGACGCACCUUACUCUGUCACAGAGAAUGACCUCCGUUCAGCGAUCCACAUUCCGAGCUCAUUCUCCUACGGGAAGAACGGCAAGAAGCCGCUGAUCCUGGUCCCCGGAACGGCUUGUCCGGCCGGAACGACGUUCAGCUUUAACUUUGCCAGGUUCAGCGCUGCUGCGCCAAACGCCGACGUCGUUUGGAUUAACAUCCCGAGGGCUUCGCUGAACGAUGCCCAACUUAAUGCCGAAUACGUCGCCUACGCCAUUCACUACAUCGCUGGCCUCUCGUCGUCCCAUGUAGCCGCGCUCGGCUGGUCACAGGGGAACCUGAACAUCCAAUGGGCGUUGAAGUACUGGCCGUCUACACGAGCCGUGGUGGAUGACUUCAUCGCCAUGAGCCCCGAUUUCCACGGGACAGUGGUGCGCGACCUUGCGUGUCCGCUACUGGGGACGUUGGCGUGCACGCCCUCGCUCUGGCAGCAGGGGUGGGACACCGAGUUCAUCCAGACGAUCCGGAAAGACGACGGAAACUCCGCCUAUGUGCCGACCACUACGAUCUAUUCCACCUUUGACGAGAUCGUGGAGCCCAUGAGCGGGCCGAAUGCGUCGGCGAUUCUGGACAGUUCCCGCGGGGUCAGUGUGACGAACAAUCAUCUCCAGACGAUCUGUCCGUUCAAGACCGCUGGAGGGGUCUACACACAUGAGGGUGUGCUGUACAAUCCCCUGGCGUGGCAGCUGGCCGCCGAUGCCUUCAACCAUGAUGGACCGGGCCAGAUCGAGCGACUGGAUCUUGACUCCGUCUGUGCGCAGGCUCUGGCUCCGGGAUUAGGGGUGGCUGAUGUCCUGGGAACGCAUGGGGUGUUGCUGGUGGCCGCUGCGAACCUACUGGCGUACAUGCCCAAGACUAGCAAAGAACCGAAUAUUGUAGGGUAUGCGAUGGGGUUUUGA